GCAAGGUACUUUUUGAUGAGACUAUUUCUUCUGCGUAGUUUAGAUGCACACAUCCGGAGAGCAAGCAGGCAGCAAAUGUCACUAUUAUCAGUUGCAUCAAAUGCGGUGCGGUAGAAUGGAGGACACACUGAUGAACGUGUGGUAGAGCAAGAUGCAAGUGAAUGACGCCGCCGAGGCUUCAGCAGUAGUCAGUCGAAGGCCGUUGACGCGUGUGGCGGUGUCCGUAGCAGCAGCUGCAGUGAAUGUAUAGUGGCGUGCAAUAAAGAGAAUAAGAUCAGCGCGCGACUAUGCGACUCGUUAAAUGAUAUUAAGUUUUAAGACGCUCCAAAGGACCUUUUAGACUGUCGCAUAAGCGAAGGCGUUAUACUAAAAAAACAACAACAUCAACACGCAUACAAACAAAAAUUUACGCGCUGAACGUGUCGGAAAAGUGACAACUUAAGUAAAUACAUAAUUUUAUUAUUAUUUUUAUUAUUAUUGCGACAUAGCUGUCGUAAGCGAAUAUCUUCGUCGAAAGUAUUAAGAAAAGUGCAAAAUUGAAUGAUAUGAUGCCGCGCGUGUGUCGCCGCUGUUUGUGCAAAUGUUGGGAAAACAAAGUCUGAGAUGUGAGCGCCGAGCAGGUCACUCGACAAGUGAGAGUGCAUCUUCAUGCCGUUUAGGGCCAGGCAACACAUUCAUGCCACAUGCUACCAAAAACAAGAAUGUAGUAAAAUUUUAUGUGUAUACGCGCUUUUGCAAAACCUAAUGAGCGUUCACAUUAAUGCCGGCUACAACGAGCGCUCCCGCCAUUAAGAAGUAAAAAAAAAAUAGCUAAGCGCUAAAUCGUGUGAGAACAGAAUUAUAAAAACAGCUGAAAGUGUUAUACCAAAGCAGCAUUGCCAAAUGAAAGGUUUUUCGCAGUGCGCCUAGGAAACAUUUCGUCUUCCUGAAUGUGUAUGAGGCUAAGUGAAAUUGCAGCAAUUUUAACGGUACAAAUGUGUGUUCGUGUGUUAGCUGCCAAAUUGAUUUAAACUGCCACUUAUGUAUAAAAAGUGAAAAAGAAAAAAGAAGGAAGGAUAUCCUUAAUGGAUUGACGCGAAAAGCAGUUAGCCCUUAACAGUGGAAAAAUAUAUAUAUAUGUAUAUAAAAAUUACAAGCAGUAACAACAAAAAAAAUCAACAACGCCCCUUAACGCGUGUUCGACAAACACAAACGGUAAAUGAAAGUAUUUUCGCGGAAAUUGCAUGCCGUGCAACAUUGACCACCAACGUCCAUUAAAAGUUGCUCCUGUUUGUAUAGUUUUGUGUAUUUUAGCAGCUAAAUGACGCCUAUUGGCGGCUGAUAGUGCAGCCACGCUGAAAAGCGCACGAAAAAAAGGUAUUGAAACAUAAAAAAUUCAAGCAUAGAAUUGUAAAGUAAGAAAUAAAAAAAUAAUAAUAUUAAACAAAACUUUCGUAUAAGUGCAACAAGCGGCAUCCAAAUAUAAAAUUCAAGUGCAUAUCUACCGAUUUGUACGCUUGUGUGUGUACACGCGCUCCGCCAAACCCGCCUUCAACAACAAUUACGCGCGCGUUAAUUAGUCCCAUUUCGACAUUUUGUAGCGCGUUAAUUGCCGCAUACACGCCAAAUUCGCACAUCAACGAUACGUUGCCCUCGGCGUCAGAACACCCAAGGCACCUGCCCGUUUGGCGCAGCACUGUGUAAUAUUUUUCCGUUCUCUUCACACUAACUCCAUUCACAAUGGCCGUCAGCAAUAUCGUGUGCGAGUGGCUUCGCGCCCUUGGCUUGGCUCAGUAUGCUGAGAGUUUUCUGGAUAAUGGCUAUGAUGAUUUGGAGAUUUGCAAACAGGUCGGCGAUCCCGAUUUGGAUGCCAUUGGCGUUGAAAAUCCGGUACAUCGGCAUAAGUUGUUGAAGAGCAUACGGCAGUUGCGUGAGAAAGGUGCCGCUUCUGUAUAUUUUAUGUUGAAUGAUCCGAGCUCGUUAUCGGGCAGCAUGGAGAUUUUGUGUGAAACCCCACCCACCGAGCUGGAUAUGGUACUACGAGAGCAGCUGGAAACCGAUGGCAUACGUUUAACCGCACAUCCAUACUCAACACCGGACGGUCAGCGUGGUCAUUUAGAGGGUCUUGCAUCAGUGUAUUGUGAAUUGUUAAUGGCUCCCUUUGGGGAUAUUUUAAGUGCUUUAGAAAACGCUCGGCAAGCGGCGUGGGCGGAACGAAGUCCCAUGAAUCCGGCCGGUGGCAGUGGGAGUAGCGGUAGUGGCAGUGGCGUGAGUGGCAUAGGUGGCCCCAGCGUCAGCACACACCACCGGCAUCACGGUCAUCGAGGCCAUUCGAGCCAAGGUGGCCUACCAAAUAGUCAUAGUCAGCCAAUUUAUGUGCCAGGAAAAUAUUCGCCUUCGAGUUGUCUGUCGGACAAGGAGGAGGACGAGAUCUACGGGUUCGGUUACGGUGUAUUUGCGCCGCGUGUUGCACGUGGCGGCCUCACCCAGCAGCAGCAGUUACUGCAACAACAUACGUUGCAGCAACAACAACAGGCCCAAGCACAACAACAGCAACAGCAAUUACCAUUAGUGCCAGGUAGCCAACAACAUUUGCAACAGCAGCAACAUCAGGCUCUGCAAACUCAUCAAACUCUCCCGCCAAACGUAGCACACUUGAAUUUCCUGCAGCAAAAUUGCUUAAGUCCAAGAUCAGCGUAUUUCUACGAAUUUCCACCUAAUGCAGAAGGUCGCGAGACCAAAAAACGUACCACCUUAGCGAGACUUUUGAAAGGUCUGAAAACAGUAAAUCGACGAGAUCGAAACAAUCAGCAAACUGCCGCACAAGUAAGGGCGGCGAAUGAACGACUGAGACAUUUUCAAACAAUGAAUGGUGGACAGCACCAAAGUUUUGAAGAGACAAUCCAUAGGCUAAAAGUACAAGAAGCAAUGCGUAAAAAAGAAAAGUUUCAACGGGAACACGAGGAGAUUUUGCGCGACAUACGGCAAGGUUUGCUUCAAAUGAGUCGUGAGGGGCGAAUAGACGACACCUAUAUGUAUGAUGACGCACUACGUGGACCACAUUAUGCGGUUAGCGGUCUGCAUCAUCAGGGCCAUUGGUACGACGAACCGCCAUAUGAAAGUGAUCCCGAUGACUUUCUGAUGUCCGGCAUCAACUGUGGGCCUGCAGCAACAAUUCAGGGUGGUCGUGUUCGCUUCACCUCGAAUCGUGAGAGUGUUGGUGUAAUUUCAUUAAGAUCCGCCGGAGAUAUUUCACUGCCACAACGAGGACCGCCCAGGCGUGGGCUUAUCGUGCCACAGCAGCCGCCAAAUCCACCGACAAUAAUACCGUUAACACACGCCAGAUCGCAUGACCGGGAAAGCGGCGACUACGCAGGCUCAAUAUCGGAUCUGCAAAGUGUCACUUCGCGUCUAAGUGCUGUGUCGAUCGGCACCAACAAUUGCACCGCCCGCUAUCGUACUCUGAGCGGCGGCAUCGGCGCGUCGCCAUCGCUCUCGCCAAGCCCAUCAUCCGAUUACGAGGAUAUUGCGGCAACGCGUGGUCUACCGCCCAGUCUGGCGGCGAAGAGUAAAAAGAACGGCAUUCCGCACAAAGCCAACACCAUCAGCCAGAAGGCCACAGUGCAUCAUUCGAACGAAAUGCGAAACUCACCAAAGGAAAUUGGCGUAUUUAAUGAGAACGGAAGGAACUUUGUAGCCACAAAGGAUACUUCGAGGGAUUUCAGCAAUUCUCAAGAUAAUACCGACCGUGGCAGCAUGAGCGACCAAGCCUUUGCCUGUUCAGCAAGUUCGGUGGAAAGUUUACCCAGCGCUUCCGGUUCAAGUACUCAAGCGCUGGUUCGUCCUGGCAGUCCACAGAGCUCUAUUUCUACCGAGGACCGCACUUCGUUAGCACCAAUUUGCAAAGCCAAAGCACUUGUCGAUAGUAUGCCGAAUCCGUACGAUAAGGAUGCACUCAAAUUUAAGAAAGGUGAUAUAAUCGAUGUGCUGUCAAUGAAUGCCUCUGGCAUCUGGAAGGGUCGUUGUCACGGCCGUCUCGGACACUUUAAAUUCAUCAACGUUGAAGUGCUGCCCGAACGUCUGAAGUCAUCAAAUAGCAAAAUUCUUGGUGCGGGUGGUUCGGGCAUCGGCGGCGUAGUUGGCGGUGUUGGCAUGGGUGGUGGUGCCAGCAUGCGGCACACUAGCAAUAACGGCCCAAGUUCGGUAGAAGAUUUACUCUUUCGCAUUGGACUAAAGGAGUAUACGUCGGUCUUCGUUUUGAAUGGAUAUGAGGACCUCGAACUCUUUAAGGAACUGGAACCAGCUGACUUGGAUUACCUGGGUAUUAUUAACCAGGAGCAUCGUGCCAAAUUGCUGACAGCUGUGCAGUUGUUGCACGAUAUUGAAUCUUCCCAUUUUUCUCAAACAGGUUCCGAUGGCGAUAUCGCCGGCUCCAGUUCGGAGAAUGACGAAACGCGCCUAAAUAACAUCAAUAAAAAGCAUGGCACAUCACCAUUCGGCCGUCGUCAUUUCCCACGGGACUCGGGCUGCUAUGAAGGCUCUCCUGUGCCCACCUCACAUACACCUAUACAGAACAUACCAUCCACCGAUGAGUCGAACAGUUUGGACGAUGUUGUUACCAAGUGUUCCAGCGAGAUCAUGAAGCGCGUCGAGAGCGCACGUCGGCAAAAAGAAAACCCAUUCAAAGCCGGACUAUCGGCCCGUGUUGGUAAGAAAGCGCUGUUGGGUGGCAGCCUUAUGGGCGAAGACACGUUGACGCGCGGCGGCGGUCUUAGUGAGAAGUCAAGCGAUUCGGGCGUGAGCAGCAGUUCGCUGUCUUCGGGUCCGAUGAAGAAUAGCACUUAACACUUACCCACCAUA